AUGUUCAGCAGCAACACUCAAUCCUCCUCUCAACCUGAAUUCAAAAGCCACGCGGUUGCUCAAAGCUACAAUAACAAGGCUGCUAGCUGUAUCGACGAUGGAAGAUACGAGCAUGCGAUUCGCUACCUUGCUAAAGCGUUUCAACUGUCAAGCCAUUCUUCUGAUGGAACGCAAAGCCCUCCAACAAACUUUGGCGGCCAUUCCUUGCAAGCUUGCUUGCGAUACUCCCGCUCUUCAUUUUCAAGUCAAGACUUGGAGAAACAGCUAUCAUCAGACAAAAAGGAUUCCUCUGAAGGUUUCAUCCACAGAGUUCCUCUGCGCAUUUCUACUCAUUUCAUCGACAUGCCCAUGGGGUCUCUGUUUUCCUUCAUUUUGACUUACAACAUGGCUCUUGCACACCACCUCAGCGCCAUGGGUGAGACUAAAGAAAACCAACGAAGACGCAAACUACAAAAGGCGCUGAAACUGUACGAACUAUCCUACAGAUGGCAUGUCCAAGAAGAAAUGAACUGCCUCGCCUUUUCCAUGAUCAUUGCCAAUAACCUUUCCGAAAUCCACAGAGUGGCCAAUAACGAGCGAAAGCGUCAAAUGUGUCUACAGAACCUUCUAAGCACAAUGAUGUACGUUCACAUGGUUGAUUACAACCGUGGUGGUGAGGUUGGGGAAAUGGAUGGCUUUGUGCAAAAUACAUCACCGCUUAUAUUGAAGGGGCAAUGCGCUGGUGCAGCAUGA